CUCUGUCAACAUCUCUGCAGUCAGUGAACAUCCCGAGUUCAUCCUGCAUCUUCUGACUAAUCAAAUCAAGGACAUAUAAAACAUUGAUGGUAGUCUCUGGUAGAAAUUUUUAUCCACAAUGAUGCGCAUUCCAAACAGAAGUAUCCAGGCUGCCAACAUAUUCUUCUCCUCUGGGGCCAUACUUCUGUUGAUAGCAGGACUCAUCAUGGAAAACUGGGUGGAAUUGAUUCCCAAAGUGAGAAAAGAUAAAGUUACCCACAGUCCAUGGCUGGGAUGCUGUCCUCCUUUUUGGCCUGAAGAGAGCCUGGAGGCAAUCAGACGGAUGAUGAUGAUGAGUCUCAACAUUUCCAUCUAUCUAAACUUGAUCAUAGGUCUGCAGUUCACCUACAUGAUUUCUCAAAAUAAGUGUGUGCAUCUCCUUAUUGGCUUCCUGAGUUUCUUCACAGGUUGCCUUUUGUUCUAUGCAAUCAUUGUGUAUCAUCACAAGCUAAAUAAAGGUCAGUAUGUGUACUUCGUUAAUUACAAGACCAAAUGGAUAGUUUUCACCAUCUACUUAACCAUCGCCCUCUUUCUUACCUGUGGUAUCUUCAGUUUCAUACAGUGCACAAACAGAUGUGCGUGCAUGAAAUUCUGUGUACCCCACACAGAAAGUAGCAGCAAAGCAAUGACUCAGAAUACAAUCCAAGUUAUUUCACUUCCUCCACGAUCGGAAAUGCCUCGAAGUAUCGUCCAUAUGCACUCUGAUAUGCCAGGCAAGGAGGGUUCCAUAUCCAAACCACAUCUCCAAUCACGUCGUGUGACCUGGGCUCUGUGACUUGAUGGUCUGCACCUUUCAUACUGUCAUCCUGUCAUUGCUAUGGAAUUAGCUGUAUGUUUCCAAUCGUUCAUCUGUAUGGCAAUGGAAAGAUUC